UACCUUCCGUUAUGGUCUCCAUUUCUGUUCACACCCAGAGCUGAAAUCACAUGCAUUUGGAAAAAUCGCCCUCUACCUAGAGAAGUUGGUGGAUGUCAGCAGAACUUGGACUGGCAGCAAGACCCUGGUGACGCUCUGGCUGGAGAGAAGGAGACACCAAGGCCAACGUCUGUUGAGCUGCUUUCUGAACAUCGACUUCGUUCCUCUUUUAUUUCAGCUGUAGCUGGGUGAGAUCAAUUACAGCAGGUGACAAACACAAGGAGACAGAAACACAGAGGCAGAGAGGAAGGAAAAGAGGAUAGCAUCCCUUGGCAGCGACAGCAUUUCCAGCCCCACAGCUUGCAAGAGGGAGGAGCGUUCCUGCAGUGAUGGAGUCGCGCAGCACGGUGGUGAGAGGCACGCUUGCCAUCAUCUUGGUUCUGCAUCUGGGUGUGAUGUCCAUUAUGUCUCAGCAAAAUGAACUACAGGUUGGGGUUGCAGGACAGGCAGUGAUCCUGAACUGCAGGGGCAUACCUCAUGACAGACAUGUGACCUGGAAGUACUAUAAGGUUGUUAUAAGGUUGUUUACAACUACCCAUUUGAAAGGCAAAGCUUCCAUGACUGAUCGAUCUGAAAUCAACCCCAAGAGUAAACAGCUGAAGGUGUUGGACUUAAGGCUCCUUGAUGCUGGCAUCUACACCUGUGAAUAUGACUCCCACACAGUCAGUAUCUCACUGCAUGUCUUUAAAUUGACAACCUCUUUAGGUGGGCACUUUCUGCCAGAUGAAGACCUUGAGCUGACUUUAAUGCAAAACUCAUCUCAUCCUCUACCCAGCCUCAGCAUCACACUGUUUAACAGUAACAAUAACAUAGUAAGACCAAAACACUUAGAAGGCAAGGCACCUCAAGAAUACAUACUGAAGUUAAAGAAACUGGAGGCUACAGAUAGCGGGACCUGGAUAUGUCACGUCCAUUCAGACUCUCCACUGAUUAAUCACAACAUCUCCUUUGAUGUGAAGGUAUUAGGUUUUCAGAAUCCAGAUUUGGAAAGAAAGUAUGCAACUGUUGAUAGUACUGUCAUUUUGUCAUGGCAUUUGAACUUCCAGAACAUUAAAUGGAAAGAAGGUUUCACAGGAAAAAUGAGUUGGAAACAACAUGAAAGUGCAACCUCUCAUGAGCUACUUGAUUUCAACAUCACAGCACAAGGAGAGCAGUACGAGAUCAAAAAAACAGGCCACUUUCAGUUUGAGAUACCUGAAAGCAAACCAGCAAGUACCAUACAAGUGAAACUCUCCAAAGUCCAUUUCAACCACUCUGGGCAGUACCAGUGCCAGCUGGCAUACAACAGAAGAUACACACAGAGCAAGAUAGAGCUGGUGGUGAUGAAAGUCUCAGCUGACCCUGUCGGGCCACUCCCUCGAGGGGCCAAGAUGACCCUGAUCUGUCAGGUCUCUAGUCCACUCCCAUCUAAUGCCCACUUGUGCUGGGAACGUGUGAACGGGACUCAGAUGGACAUCAAGAGGUCAAAGCAGUACGACGUAAAGCUGGAGGUGAACGUCACUGCUGCAGGGCUGUGGAACUGUCACCUCAUAGAAGACAACAACAGGAAGAUCAGCCUUAAUUACUCCGUGGAGGAAGCUCCUGUUUGGAUUAGCUAUGUGAUAAUUGGAGCAAGUAUUGGAGGCAGUGUAUUGGUGUUUGGCCUUGCAUGCCUGUGCAUCAUCAGUGGUAUAAGCUGGCAGCGGAGAAGGCAACAGGCAAAAAGGAUGGCACGAGCAAGACGAUACUUGCUGGAAAACAAGACAUGUCAGUGUCAACACCGGCUGAACAAGUAGUAGUGCAGCAGUGGAGUCAGAAGGACUGAUGAAAUCUCUGCCUGUACCUAAACACCUGCCAGCCCAUAGUGCUCUGUGAAUCCAUUUUCCUUUCUCCUGCUUUGAUGUAAUUCUUUAUUCCUUCAUUAUUCUCCCAGUCUAAUGCAAUGCAGGGAUGUUGUCUGGCUUGGAGCCGAUGUACAAGACUAGAAAACCUUAAGGGUUAUGAUUGAUGCCCAGUUCUAUAAUGAGACACUGAAUAGAAGAUAUAUAUGUAUAUACAUAUACAUCUACAUAUAUUUGUAUUUUGCUCAUGCAUUUAAUUUGACCUUGUGGAUCCAAUUUUAUGUGCUCCUUUUAUCUGCCUGAGCUAUAAUAAAUUACUUUGGGGUUGGGUUUUUUUUUUUUGCAA